AUGUCUUCACCUCAACAAAUACAUAAGGCUUUUGAGUCUGCUUUGAACAUUUCGGGUUCUCCAAAGGCAGUAUCCACUUCUCCAACUCAAUCUUACUUGAAUCUGUAUACACCUGUGACUCAAAAGGCUACAAAGGCUUUGAAACCAUUUUCUACGGGAGAUAUCAAAAUCUUGCUUCUUGAAAAUGUUAACCAGACGGCUAUUAACAUUUUCCAGAACCAGGGUUAUCAGGUUGAAUUUUACAAGACUUCCCUUUCAGAAGAUGAGUUGAUAGAGAAGAUUAAAAAUGUACAUGCUAUUGGUAUAAGAUCAAAGACAAAGCUCACUGAAAAGAUUUUGCAACAUGCAAGAAACUUGGUGGUUAUCGGAUGUUUCUGCAUUGGUACCAACCAAGUGAAUUUGGAAUAUGCUGCCAAAUCAGGUAUUGCUGUGUUCAACUCACCUUUUUCAAACUCUAGAUCAGUUGCAGAACUUGUCAUAGCCGAAAUUAUUACUUUGGCAAGACAGUUGGGUGACAGAUCUAUAGAAAUGCACACUGGAACCUGGAAUAAGGUUAGUGCCAAAUGUUGGGAGAUAAGAGGAAAAACGUUAGGAAUCAUCGGCUAUGGUCACAUUGGUUCUCAACUAUCCGUCUUGGCUGAAUCCAUGGGAAUGAACGUCAUAUAUUACGACGUUCUGAUGAUCAUGGCUUUAGGUAACUCUAAGCAGGUUGAGACACUAGACGAUUUAUUAACCCAAGCUGACUUCGUUACCUGCCAUGUUCCGGCUACUGCAGAGACUAAGAACUUACUUAGUGGUCCACAGUUUGCUGCCAUGAAAGAUGGAGCUUACGUUAUAAAUGCUUCUAGAGGUACUGUUGUCGAUAUCCCAGCCUUGGUUCAAGCUAUGAAGGCCGGUAAAAUUGGAGGAGCAGCCCUCGAUGUUUAUCCUCAUGAACCUGCCAAGAAUGGAGAAGGUUUGUUUUCAAGUGAGUUGAACGAAUGGGCUUCUGAGUUAUGUUCUUUGAGGAAUGUGAUUUUAACACCACACAUUGGAGGUUCAACUGAAGAAGCACAGUCCGCUAUUGGUAUAGAAGUUGGUACAUCUUUGACGAAAUACAUUAACGAAGGAAGUUCGACUGGCGCUGUUAAUUUCCCAGAGGUGACCUUGAGAGCCCUUAACUUAGACCAAGAAAACUCUGUGAGGGUAUUGUAUAUUCACCAAAACGUUCCAGGUGUUUUGAAGACUGUUAAUAAUAUUUUAUCAAAUCAUAAUAUUGAAAAACAGUAUACUGAUUCGAGAGGUGACGUAGCUUAUUUGAUGGCAGAUAUCUCGGAUGUCGAUAUAAAUGAUAUAAAAACUUUAUAUGAGCAAUUGGAGCAAACUCCAUAUAAGAUUGCAACCCGUUUAUUAUAUUGA